AUGGGGGUUCAUGCGGCCCUCACUGACUUUCGUAAGGGCUUCGACCUUGUGGAUCACAAUAUUCUUUUGAACAAAUUAGCAGCUAUGAACAUAAAUAAACCCUUCUGGUUAUGGAUUAAAAGUUUCCUUUCCGGAAGAGUUCAACAAGUAAAUCUCAAUGGUACCUUAUCAUCCAUUGCAACAUGCCCGGCCGGAGUCCCGCAAGGCUCUGUAAUAUCUCCCAUUCUUUUUAAUACCUACAUUGAUGAUUUGGAGGACGCCUUACCAGAACAACUAAAAGUCAGUACGAAUAAGUAUGCAGAUGACUGCACACAACACCAAAUAGUGAGCGUUGAUUCUAAUAGUAAUUUACAGCGGUCUAUCAGUGAAGUAAAUAACUGGGCGGUGUUAAAUAAAAUGGCAAUUAAUGCUAAAAAAACUAAGGACAUGUGGAUCUCUUUCACGGACGCUAUACCUGAACCACCACGUCUUCGUAUUGGAAAUGAGUUAAUAGAAAGGGUCAAACGCUUUUAAAUUACUUGGCGUGUCGUUCCAAAAAAUCUAAAAUGGAACGCACAUGUUGAAGAGAUUACACGUAAAGCAAAUAAACGCCUUUACCAUCUUAGAGAAUGCAGGAAAUCGCAGUUACCAGCUGAAGUCGGUAUUAUUACCUAUCAAUCCAAAAUAAGACCAAUUCUCUAGUGUGCAUCACCUGUCUGGGCGGGACUCCCUAAUUACCUGCGAGAUGAAAUAGAGCGGGUUCAAUCGAGGAGCUUAAGAAUCCUUGGCCUGGAAAAAGAUUACCUACCACCGUUGAACGAAAGAAGGGAAGAGGCAACUAGUCGAGAAGUUGAUAGGUUUAUGAACGAUCCAAACCAUCCCUGUCGCAGUGUUUUGCCAAAAUUAAUUAACAAUCAGUACAAUUUAAGGAACAUUGACCGGAAUCGCAAUAUAUCAUUCUUAUCAGGAACUGAAAGGCAUAAACAUUCUUUUUCAGAAAGACCUUGUAAAUAUGUAUAAAUAGUUUUAACUUAUUAGAAGAACUUAUUAGAUUAAAGAACUUAUUAGUUUUAACUUCUUAGUCAGUUUUCUAAAUUAUCUUACAACAAUUUGUAAUAUAAAGACAUAUCCACAGCAUAUAUACUUUCUUAAACAAGUAACUGUACGUCCAUUGUACUUUUUAAUCUUAAUAUGGAUGAAUAAAGCUAUUAUUAUUAUUAUUAUUAUUAUUAAGUCUGCAUGGGGAGUUUCUGUCGUUUUCCUGCAAGUUCAAGGAUGCUAACUGAGUCAGACUUUGUACAUUUUUGCAACUUUCCUUACUGAGAAAUUGACGGAGGAUAAGAGUGGUUUUCAUGGGCAAAGAAGUCAGCAAGAUCACCAUUUUUUUAGACUUUCAGAUGCUGAUACGGUGUCCUUUAUACGGAAGAGGGGUAGGCUGUUUUUGGGAAUGGUAAGAUAGAUUGAUUUUUCACAUGUAAUAAGUCUUUCACGGACAUAUUCUUUGUACUGUUCAAUUCCGAUGUUCCUCGCAUUUUUUGCAGACUCAACAGUGUCUAGUGUCCGCUCUUGCAGGUUAUGGAAUGAGUGUUUCUUAUGACAGAGUACAAAAUAUCGAGCUUUCUGUGACAAAGCAGCGUUGCAAAGUGUUUCAGGAAAAGGGAGUUGUUUGUCCACCUACGCUUAGGAAUGGCAUAUUCACGACCGCUGCUAUAAAUAACAUAGACCACAAUCCUUCAUCAACGACAGCCACAGAAGCCUUUCACGGUACCAGUAUAUCCAUAUUUGAGCAUCCAGAGGCGGAACAUCCUGAACUAGACCUCCUUUUUGAUGAGGGAAUCAAGAAGAUUAAUGUUCCAAUAGAAUAG